AGGGUAUUAUUGGUUCCUAUUUCAUAAGAGUAUCGCUUGGCUAAAGGUGGAACCAGGUAUGUAACGUUGAAAACCGGAAGUUACACAAAUGGGACGGGGAAUGUAUGCAUUGCCGAGCAGACCCAGCAAAAUUGUUGCAAAUGCGCGCAUCGGUCCUUCAAAGACAUUGAACAACCUUGAAAUUGCCAGGGACACUGAAAAACAGCAGCUGACACAAACUGCUGUGGGGAUGAGCUCCCCGAAACCUGUUUUUAAUGGGAAUAGGACCAGGUAUCCUAUGAGGCAGAACAGUAACCCACAGCAGCCACAGUACUCUGCACAGCAUGAGGAAAUGGUUAGAUAUUUAUCAGACACAUGGAACAGAGUAAACCAUGAACUUGAAAGAAACCAAAGAGAAGGUGGACCAAUUGUGUACAGGGAAAAGAACCCAAAUCCCAGACUUAAUGACUUUAAACCAUUUGACUUGGAACAGUUCUGGGGAGACCGGUACAUGCAGCAGGUGACUGGAUCAACCACUUGACAUUGUUGCCUUGGAAACACUAAACUCUGUGAUUACAGUAUUCGCUUUCAUGUUGAAUCGCUUUCAUUACACAGUCAUUAUGUAAUUGUAAAUAGAUUUCUGUCUGAUAUUUGUGGUGUAAAUAAAAUGUACAAAGUCA